CAAGAGAUCCAGAAAAACUACAAGCGGGCAGUACCACGCAGCAUUCACUUCCGGUGCUCACGCGCACCUGAGGACGGUCUGCAAGGAAAUCCCGCGGAAGCUUUGCGCAAAAACUCUUGAAUUGAGAAUGCAACAUCUUACGCUGUUGAACAGGUCCAUGUGCCGACUGCAGAAAGCGGAUCAGGAUUUGAAGGGGUGAAAGAAACCCCAAACCUCAUCACCUGCAGAGAUCAGAUUCUCCUUUAUUUGGAAAUUUAUGUCAUUGCUCUCAAAAAUUCACGGCACUUUUCCCAACAGAUUGCUUUACCGUUACAGAUCUGAUCAAAGGUCUUCCCCUCCAGAGCUCUGAAUUCCACAACCGGUGAUGGAGGAAGGCCAGAUCCCCAAAACCUUUCCCCGGAUAAUACAGGAAGGGGCGUUUGCCCUUCUCAAAGAAGAGAUCGAAAAGUUGCCUGACCUGGACAGGGAUGUGAGAAAGAAGCAUUGGGGGAAAUUGGGGGACACGCUUCUCCACUUUGCGGCCAGGCAUGGCAGGCUGGAUAUCUUGCGUUACCUUGCUGAGACUGUGGGAAUGGAUGUCGAGCUGGUGAAUUGGGACUACAAGCGCCCCCUCCACGAAGCUGCCUCCAUGGGCCACCCGGAUUGCGUUUCAUACCUUCUGGAACGGGGAGCCACUGUUGACUGCUUGAAGAAAGCAGACUGGACUCCUCUUAUGAUGGCUUGCACGAGGAGAAACUUGGAGAUCAUUAGAGAUCUUGUCCAGCAUGGAGCCAACGUACUACUAAAGAACAAGGAUGGGUGGAACUGCUUCCACAUUGCCAGCCGUGAGGGAGACCCUCGGGUCAUCCAAUACUUGCUGGAUGUUUCUCCCGGCAUUUGGGACACAGCGAGCAAGAUCAGAAGGAGCCCACUGCACACAGCAGCGAUGCACAGCUGCCUGGAGGUCGUGAAAAUCCUUCUGGAAAGGUGCGACUACCAGCCGAACAGUAGGGACAACUGUGGGAUCACUCCUUUUAUGGAUGCUGUACAAAACGGCCACCUGGAUAUUGCCAGCCUACUUCUAGAGAAACAUCGGGCUCAUUACAAUGCCAGGGAUGCUCUUGGCAAUCAGCCAUUGCACCAAGCCGCAGUCACAGCCCAGGACGAUGCUCUUCGGUUCCUUGUGUCUGAUCUUGGGGCCGAUGUCAACGCAAGGGCCACAGCACUCCAGGUCACUGCCCUGCAUUACGCAGCGAAGGAAGGGCACGGGAGCACAAUCCGGUGCCUGCUUUCCUUGGGGGCUGAUUUACACGUGAAGGAUGGGAAGAACCGAACCGCGUUGCACAUGGCUUCUGCUGGACAACAUGCAACAUGUGUGCAUAUUCUCCUGCAGGCAGGGUUACAGGAUUCUCCAGACACUACCGGGACGCACGCCAGGCAGCUGGCGAAGAAACCCGCCCUUGUCCGGCUCUUCAAGGAGACCAGCGCUGGUGCUUCGAACCAGCUUUGUGGGAAUGAGGAUUAAAAAGACCCUACAUCUUUCCAGCAUUUGUUUUCUGGUGGGAUUUGU